CGACAGACGUUGGGCCUCGAAGUGAAGGGCGGCGGCGAGGAGGGCGCGUGCGCGUUGAGUGACUGUCCGCGCGCGCGCACAAAAACAGGGACAGAGAGAGAGAGAGAGAGGGGGGCGCGCGCUCCCCUCCCUUCCUCAUAUAUAUAUAUAUAUAUCUACGUAAGAGGUUCGGGGGGAGGAGAAGGCGAGCGCUGAGAGGAGGAGGAGGAGGAGGCCGAGCCCGGCCUGGGCCGAAGCACCGCCGCCGCCGCCGAGCCCUCCUCGCUUAGUUGUUUUGGCCACAGCGGCCGCGGAGAUGGCAGCGCUCUCCCCAGCAGCGGCCUCCCGUGCUUCUGCUCCGCCGCUCCUUGAGUCAGAACUAUACUUCCUCAUUGCUCGGUUCCUGAGCGCCGGGCCUUGCAAGAGAGCAGCCCAGGUCUUGGUGCAAGAACUGGAAGAACAUCAGUUACUUCCUAAAAGGUUGGAUUGGGAAGGAAAUGAGCAUUGCAGAAGUUAUGAAGACUUGGUCUUAUGUAACAAACAUGUGGCUCCUGAUCACUUGUUGCAAAUUUGCAAACGGAUUGGUCCUAUACUGGAUAAGGAGAUUCCACCCAGCAUUCCAAGAGUGAAUUCAUUGUUGGGUGCGGGGAAGCAGUCCUUGCUACGGACAGCAAAAGAUUGCAGAAAUGCAGUUUGGAAGGGCUCAGUUCUUGCUGCCCUUCAUAGAGGAAGACCGCCUGAAAUGCCUGCUAACUGUGCUACACUACCAAAUCUUGUGGAAGUAAAUUAUGCAAAACAGUUGACCGGAUGCACAAGAUCCAGUUCUUCAUUGCCGGGAAACAUGUAUCAGCAUAUAAAGAUGCAUAGACGAAUUCUUGGUCAUCUCUCUGCGGUUUACUGUGUGGUAUUUGAUAGGACUGGACAAAGAAUAUUCACUGGAUCAGAUGAUUGCUUAGUAAAGAUUUGGUCCACACACGAUGGUCGGUUGCUUGCUACACUUAGAGGCCAUUCAGCAGAGAUCUCAGAUAUGGCUGUGAACUAUGAAAACACAAUGAUUGCUGCUGGCAGUUGUGAUAAAAUUAUCCGUAUCUGGUGUCUUAGAACAUGUGCUCCACUUGCUGUUUUACAAGGACACACAGGUUCAAUUACAUCUUUGCAAUUCAGCCCCCUGGUCAAAGACACCACAAGAUACAUGGUUUCCACAGGUGUAGAUGGAACAGUUUGCUUCUGGCAGUGGAAUACUGUUUCUAUGACAUUCAAUAAUCGGCCACUGAAAUUCACAGAAAAACCUAGACCUGGUGUUCAGAUGCUUUGCUCUUCAUUUAGUGUUGGUGGGAUGUUCUUAGCAACUGGCAGUACUGACCAUGUUAUUAGAAUGUAUUAUUUUGGUUCUGAAACCCCAGAAAAAAUUGCGGAGCUAGAGAGCCAUGCUGAUAAAGUUGACAGCAUCCAGUUUUCUAAUACUGAUGACAGGUUCAUAAGUGGUAGCAGGGAUGGAACAGCCCGAAUCUGGCGAUUCCAGCAAGCUGAAUGGAAGAGCAUAUUGUUAGACAUGGCUGACAAAUUACCUGGUAGUGAUAUAUGCUCAGAAGAAGACAGAUUUAUGAAGCCCAAAGUUACUAUGAUAGCUUGGAGUCAAAAUGAUAAAUUGGUGGUGACUGCUGUGAAUAAUCAUCUGCUCAAAGUCUGGAAUUCUCAUACAGGGCAGCUGCUUCAUGAUCUCAUGGGACACGCUGAUGAAGUAUUUGUUUUAGAGCCCCACCCGUUUGAUCCUAGGAUUAUGUUAUCUGCUGGCCAUGAUGGCAAUAUCUUUAUAUGGGAUCUAACAAAAGGCAUUCAAAUGAAACAUUAUUUUAAUAUGAUUGAAGGACAAGGACAUGGUGCUGUCUUUGACUGCAAGUUUUCAUCAGAUGGACAACACUUUGCUUGUACAGAUUCUCAUGGUCACCUCUUGAUAUUUGGCUUUGGUUGUAACAAACCUUAUGAAAAGAUCCCUGAUCAGAUGUUCUUCCACACUGACUAUCGACCACUGAUUCGAGAUUCUAACAAUUAUGUCCUAGAUGAGCAGACUCAACAGGCUCCUCACCUCAUGCCCCCACCAUUCUUGGUAGAUGUGGAUGGAAACCCUCACCCAACAAAAUAUCAGCGGUUGGUACCAGGAAGAGAGAAUUGUGCAGACGAGCAUCUGAUUCCACAGCUCGGAUAUGUAGCAACAAGUGAUGGAGAGGUUGUGGAGCAAGUUAUAGGUCAACAAACAGCUGAGCAGGAUGAACAAGGUUUAGAACCCAGCAUACUUGAUGGGAUGAUUAGACAGUUACAGCAACAGCAAGACCAAAGGCAUGGCACAGACCAAGAGAUUUUUCCACCUGGGCCACAGAAUGGAGAAGAAACACCUAGAAGAGAUUUUCGGAGACCAAGUUCAGAUAUCCAGUCCCCUCCUAAUAUUGGCCUGAGGCGUAGUGGUCAAGUUGAAGGUGUUCGUCAAAUGCAUCAGAAUGCUCCAAGGAGUCAGAUUGCAACCGAAAGAGACCUUCAAGCUUGGAGGCGAAGAGUAGUUGUUCCAGAAGUACAAGCCAGUAUAUUCAGAAACCAGGAGGAAUAUAGAAUAGCAAAAGGAGAAGAGGAAAAAUCUCUGUAUACAGUGGAGCAAAAAAGACAGUUACUGCAAUCUUCAGAAAAGAGUGACUCUGAAGAUUCAUUGAUUCAGUCCAAGAGGAGACUUUAUAGACGUAAAUAUGCAGCUUAUCAGACACGAAAUAAAAUUGACCAAUCUGAUUCUUCUAGUGAGGAUGUGGAUGACUGUUUUGGAUUUAUAGAACAGGAGGCAGAAGAAAGUGAUGGGUUGGGUACAUCUUCCCAUGAGGAAGAAUGGCAAAGUGAUAGGAAAACUAACAGCAACAAUUCCAGUGACUCCUCAAGCCAGUAUUCUGAUUGGAUUGCUGAUGCAGGGAUCAACCUACAGCCUCCUUUAAGAACAUCUCGCUGUAAAGCUGUUAGAUAUUGUAGUUCUUCUGAAGAUGAAAUAUCACUGGAAAAAAAGUCCACCCCCAAAAGGAGGAAAAAAAGAUGGAAAAAAUACAAAUCAAAAAGGGAUGGGGAGGACGUUGAGGUUGAAGUGGAUGCCUCCCAACCAUCUUCAGUUCUAGAACUGUCCUGUGAGUUCCAUCCUCCUGAUUGGAUAACAGACAUCAGACUUCGAAGAUCUCCUUUUGUCCCACAAAUGGGUGAUGAGGUGAUAUAUUUUCGACAAGGCCACGAAGCUUAUAUUGAAGCAGUGAGAAAAAACAAUAUUUAUCAGCUGAAUCCUCACAAGGAGCCAUGGCGGAAAAUGGUUCUUAGGGAACAAGAAUUGGUAAAAAUUGUUGGGAUACGUUAUGAAGUUGGGCCUCCUACGUUAUGCUGUCUUAAGCUUACUCUUAUGGAUCAUAUUACAGGGCAUCUUCAAGACAAGUCAUUUUCUCUCAAAUACCAUGAUAUGCCAGAUGUUAUUGAUUUCUUAGUGUUACGUCAGUUCUAUGAUGAAGCACGGCAAAGAAACUGGAAACCUUCUGACCACUUCCGUUCAAUUAUUGAUGAUGCUUGGUGGUUUGGAACUGUUUUAAGCCAAGAGCCUUAUCAACCACAAUAUCCGGACAGCCCUUUUCAGUGUUAUAGUGUUAAAUGGGACAAUGGAGAAAUUGAAAGACUUAGCCCCUGGGACAUGGAGCCAAUUCCAGAUAAUGUAGUUGAUAAGCCUGAGGAAUUGGGAGCUAGUGUUUCUGUGACUUCUGAAGAGAUGGCAAAACUGUUAUACAGACCUCAAAAGGGCGAAUGGCAAGGAAAAUCCCAGGAUGAAGAAUGUGAGCGAAUUAUUUCUGCAAUUGAUCAACUUCUGACUCUUGAUAUUUCAGCAGCAUUUGCUGGUCCAGUUGAUCUGAAUACAUAUCCAAAGUACAGUACAAUAAUAGCUUAUCCAACAGAUCUUUGGACUAUUCGGAUGAGACUAGUUAACCGGUUUUACAGGAGACUCUCUGCAUUGAUUUGGGACGUGAGAUAUAUUGAGAGCAAUGCCCGAACCUUCAACGAACCCAAUAGCACAAUUGCUAGGUCUGCUCAAAAAAUCACAGAUCAGCUCUUAGAAUUCAUCAGAAAUCCAGACUGUACAGAUAUUUUUGAGUUGUGCAUUGCAACAAAUAAUGUGGAUAGCAUUGAUGCUGCUGAACUGGACGAUGGAGAAACAUAUACACCACGAGCACGGUCUAAAAAAGCAUAUUAUACUUCUGUUUUAAAGCGAAAGGCCAUGAAGAAGAAAACCACUGUGAAAGCCAGCUAUGAUGAAAAUAGUUGGAAGAAACAAUGCAUGGAACUUAUAAAUUUAAUUUUCCAGUGUGAGGAUUCUGAAGCAUUCAGGCAACCUGUUGAUCUGGAUCAGUACCCGGACUACAGAGAAAUUAUAGACACACCAAUGGACUUGGGCACUGUGAAGGAGACAUUGGAAGCUGGAAACUAUGACACACCAAUGGAACUGUGUAAAGAUGUCAGAUUAAUAUUUAGCAAUGCUAAAGCAUAUACUCCCAACAAAAGGUCCAAGAUAUACAGUAUGACACUGAGAUUGUCUGCACUUUUUGAGGAAAAAAUAAGAAGAAUCCUUUCUGACUUCAGAACUGGACAAAAAUAUAAUGAAAGAUUGCGGAAAGGUCAGGGAAAUCAAAGAUACAAUAGGAAAUUGCAGGGCCGGUCUGCAGAGCAUGCUACCAAAACACUCAGAAAUUCAAAACAAAAGCAAUGCAAAUUUCAGGCAAAAAAUCAGUCUGAGCGAGAAGACUUGUCUAAGCAGAAUACCUCAAGUAGAAAACUCUGUACAAGCCAUAAAAUAUAUACUAGUAGUUCUAGCCACAGUAUUGCUGAUCUGUCUUCUGACUCCAAUUCUGGAUCAUCUGUUGGGCAAAAUGCACGAACAAGAAGCACAACUGCAGCACACAGUUCCACAUUAUCAUCAGAAAGUGAACUAGAACAAUCAACUACUGAUUCAUCUUCAAGUAGUUCAGAGGAAAGCAAAGAAAGUUCUUCAACAAUUUCAUCUCCUGUAUUGUAUAAUGGAACACGUGAGAAAAAGAGAAAUAACAUAAGGGUUACUAGAAAUAGAGCAUAUCAGCAAAAGCAAAUGGAUAAAAAUUAUGAACGCAAAACCAGAGGUGCCUGUUCUGCUACAUCAGCCUCUCAAGAGAAUGGAAAUAAUCAGAGGACUACUAGGAAAAGAAUGCAUGUGAAAGAAACCGAUAAUUUAAAAGAGCUGUAUGAAACUCCAAGCAACAGUCGUGGAAGGCACAGAAAAAUUCCACGUAGAAGUGCUACUGUGGCAGCUAAUAAAUUAAGACUUAUGAGUGAUGUAGAAGAGGAGCACUCUAGCUCAGAAAGUACUGUUAUUGGAAACAAAAACAGAAUAUUGCCCCGUCGCAGUGCUUCUGCUGCAGCCAGAAAAGUUUUGCUAAAUGACUCAGAUGAAGAAAGUUCCUUUCAAUCUGAAAGUGACAAAGAACAAUCUAACAUGAGAGAAGCCUGUAAAGAUUAUUCUUCACCACUUCAAAAAAGGCAUGUUAGUGAAUCUGAAAGUGGAAGCUCAGAUUCUGACCAUGGUAUGCAAAAAACACAGGAGAGUUAUCAUGUUAAUUGUCAUAAACAGUCACCGAGAGUUGCCUGCCAUAGAUCUUCCAAAUUAAAGGGCACAGUGGACUUCUCGGAAGACAGUCCCCAAAGCCACGUGUCAGGAGAAAGGAGCAUUAAAAAAACUUCUUCUCAUUUGUCUUCUGUGUACAAAAGUAAAGCCAGGAGCAAGUCUGAAGGAGAUUCUGAGCCAGAGCGGUACAGUAGUUUAAAGAAAAAGACUCGUAAAAAGCCAACCACUCACUGCAGGAAAGCAAAAGUUUUGAGUGAUUCAGAGGAAGGAGUACAGUCAGAAAGAGAAGAGAAAAGUGCUAUUUCUUCAGAGAACAUAGGCUUUCCUAAGACUUCAGAGCAACCCAACAGUAGCUCCUGCUGUUCAUCUAAUUUGGAGCAUAGAAUGGAUAGCAGUAAUUCAGCAGAAAGGAAGCAAAGGGAAGCUGUUGGAAAAGAAUGUGACAUCCAAGAGAAUGGGUUUGGAAGUUCUACCAGAAAAAGAUCAUACGAAAGUGAUUCUCAGAAAGAAGAGGGUGUUAAUAAAACACAAAAUAGUGUUCAUCGUGGUUACCAAAGAUUAUCAUGCAGAAGGGCAAAAGUGGCAGUUAGUAAAUUGAAGUUUGACGUAGAGGACUUCUACAACUCCAAAACCAGAGACACUGCAAAGAAGAAUGGAAAACUAAACCAUCGCAGCGUCCCUUCAACAACAAGGGAGAGGUCAGACAGUUCAGGAGAUGGAAGUCAACAGUCUGAUGAAGACGAAAAUAGGCACAACAGCAGAAGAAAGUGCACCCUAUCAGGUUCAUCUGAUUUUCCUUCUAGAAUAUAUGAUAGUGACUCUGAAAAUAGUUCAAAUUCUGAAGGUGUUGCAACAAACAAGAAGCAUAUUAAAGCCCGGAGACAAAAACAUAGAACUGCCUAUGUAAAAUCCUCUAGUAUAAAACCCAGAAUGCAAAUUUCUGAAGGAAGCCCAAAGAGCCAUAUGUCUAAGGAUAAAAGUCAUGAUAACUUUUCUGUAGUGGAUACUGUAGUAGCUUCUGAGUCUCAAAGAGAAUCUAAGUUAAACCAGUACAGUGAAAAGACUAGGAAAUGGAACACCUAUCAGAAGACUGCAACUACUUCUAGUAAAUCAGACCCCCAAACUCACAUCAAAGCCACAACAGAAACUGAUGUAAAACAUAGAGAGGAUGGAAUAGGCUCUGUAAGCCACAGUAAGGGAUCUUCUAGAAGAUUAAAGUCAAAAUGCACUGCAGACACCAGUGACCCUUCCGAUUUGGAAAAUGAAGCAAAUUCCAAUAGUAAUAACUACAGCGAAGACACGAUAGAACACAAGAAAAAGAAAAGGAAAACAGAAGUCACUAAGAAAGAAUUGACUUCUCAAGAGAUGAGCCAAAGUCCAAUAGUACUCAGGGACAGGAAAAAUUACAGAUAUUAUGCAGAACAGAAUAGUGAAGCAAUGGCUAUCAGAACUCUUAAUGAACAUAAAAUACCACGCCGCAGUGCUGCUGUAGCUGCAAGUAAAAUUAAACUAAUUAGUGAUGCUAGGGAGGAACUCUCAAGUUCAGAAGUUGGGUACACUGCAAACAAGAACAGAAAAUUGCCAUACCGGAAUGCAUCUGCUGCAGCCAGGAAGAUACUGGAUGAUUCACCUACAGCCUCUGAAAGUGAAACAGAAUUGAAAGAAUGUAAGGUCAAAGAAGACCAAUCUGAGACAGAUAGAAAACCUUGUAAAGAACAAGAAUCUAAACAUUUGGAUUCUAAAAAAGAGAGUGGGGUGAAACAAAAGAGCAAGUGCAGCAGUGGCUCAAGACGACGUUUUUUUGGAACUGUGAGAAGAAUGUAUCCUAAACACAAGAAACCUGUAGAAUUUUCUGAAGAGGAAUCCUUCAGUAGUGAUACAUCUGAGGAGCAGAGAGGUUUGAACCAGUCAUUAUCUCUAGAUAACCAUAAUGAAAAAAUCAACUCAGCAGGAGAUUCUGAAUCAGAAAAUGUAUGUACGGUUAAAGCAGUAAGGAGCACGACAGAGAGUGUAGACGGUGAGCAAAGGAAAGGAAGACGUGUAUUGUCAAAGCACCAGAAAGCUGAAGCUUCAAGGAGCUCAAAAUCGGAACCAGAAUGCUUUUCUAAUUUAUCUUCUGAUUUAGAACCUCAAACAGAGCUGGAAAAAAGCAGUAAAGUCAGGAAAACAAAAAAGAGGAAAAGGAAAGCCAUUCCAGCAGGUAAAACUAUAAGUGAUGUCUUUUCUGAAUCACCCAAGACACCUCAGAGAAGAAAACGGCCAAAAGUGAAUGAAGAGAAUGAUUCUGAAGAACUGGAUUAUACAAAAUAUCAAAGAGUUAAUCGGCGUUCCAAAAUCAGAACUAGAAAUGGGGGCAGAAGAACUGUAAGAUACGCGGAUGAUGAAGAUGAUUGUGAAAUGUAAUCUUAAUGUGAUCUAGCCCACUUUUCUUUUACUGGUGAUACUAGAAUUAACGAUAAAUACGGGAUCUUCUCUUCCUAUAAUUCAGGGAAUAUAUUUAUAUUUUUCUAUGAAAAAGUUAAAUACAGAGACUUUUCUUUUCAUAAUAUAACUUGCACUUGCCUGCUUGUAUAGCAGCAUUUAGCACAUAUGCCAAAAUGUGCCUCAUUAUAGGGGCAAACCUUUCCUUUUUAAUGGUAUUUUGCUAAAUAUAACAAAUGGUGGGAGCGGGUGGGUGGUUGAAUAAAGUGAAUAGUAUUCUGGUGCUGCAAAAAGACACUAUGUCAUACUUGCUAUGUGUCUAAGAUUUCAUAUAGCAGUAAAAGUCUAGCAUCUAAUACUGUAUAUUACAAACAACUCAAAGUAGUUACUUAUUUUACAGAACAAAUACAACAAAUGGUUACCAAAUAAUGUAACAACUUGUAAAAAUUAGCGGUGCUAUAAAUUUCUGAAAAAUAGCUUGAAUUAAUCAGUAAUAAAGAAUAUUUACUGAUGUUAUAAAUAUGUUGAUAAAAGAUUUUGCUAUUAUACAUAACCUUUUAAUAUGUGACUUCCAUGCUGUAAAUUUAAGACGAUUAGAAUACAGGUGAUCACUUGAGCCUAAGAUUUGUGUGUGUGUGGGUGGGCAUUUUGUUACAAACAGGCAAACAUGUAAGUAAACGUUAUGCUUUGUGGUUUUUCUUCAAAAUGGAUAAAAACAUUAAUGCUCAGAGUACUAUUAUUAACAUGUUUGGCUGAAAUUCAAUGCCUGGAUCCUUAAGAUUUAAAUUAUUUAUAGCUUAGAUUAUUGGUGCACUUAAACCAAUCCACCUCCUGAUUUGUCAAAGUAAAGCACCUUCAUAUUGUUUGUGUUCAGGUUGGCACUGUUGGAGAGGUUGUAAUUUCAUUUUGUUUUGCAUAUCAAAAACAGGCAGUACUUUAUAUUGUACAACUGUUUCAUGAUGAGAUGUAUACAUUUUCUUCUUUAAAUAACAACCUCCCUUGGUUCACCUUCUUUUGGGGAGUAUUUUUAACCCUUCUCUCUUUUAUAGAGAUAGUUAUUCGUUAUAGUGUACCCCCAUUUGUUCUAGUCAUACCUCAUGUACAGUUUUUACAUAAUAGACAUUUAAUUUAUCCCUGUGGGCCUCCUGAAGUUUAUUUUGAGAACUAUUAAUUCAGGGUUGUACAGUACACAUUUUUAAAAAAAUUAAAUGAGCAAACCCCUGCUCACUAGAAUGUUGGUUUUGUCUUCCACUACUUGGUUUCUUGAUAUAAUAUUCCCCCAAUAAUAUGGUUUGUCUAUGAAUAAAAAGUGCUAAUGAUCAAAGUUCUUUAUUUUUGUAUGUUAAGUUCAAAAAUGUGCUCAAUAUGGGUGAAUUUGCACAUUUAUGUAUUUAAAAUGAAGCUGAACUGGAGUAGUUUUGUUUUUUUCAGGAGCCUUGGAAGUAUACUUUUGUUCAGAAGUGAAAAGAUAAUGGGAAGGUCCUGAAGUCCUGUAAUUGAUCUGAAGUGCACUACUAUGUACAUGGACUUCUAUAAUAAUGAAUAUUAAUUGUUUAUGUUUGGUUUGUUGAAGUAAACCAGUACAACAUGAAACAAAGUUCCACACAUAAUGUAUUUCGAGAAGAAUAAAAGUUGGAUUUUCCCAGUG